AUGGCGGGUCCUAACACGGAUCAGUUUGAAGCGUUUUUCAGGAGAGCAGAUUUGGAUGGAGAUGGCAGAAUCAGUGGAGCUGAAGCCGUUUCUUUCUUCAAGGGAUCCAAUUUACCCAAACAAGUUCUCGCUCAGGUAUGGGCGUAUGCUGAUCAGGCCAAAACUGGUUUUCUUGGGCGCGCAGAGUUUUUUAAUGCUCUGAGGUUAGUUACUGUGGCACAGAGUAGGCGAGAUUUGACGCCUGACAUUGUGAAGGCAGCCUUGUAUGGUCCUGCUGCUGCUAAAAUCCCUGCGCCGCAGAUUAAUCUUGCUGCUGUACCUCAACCACGCCAGAGUUCGAUUCCUGGUGCUGGGUCUGUUGGGCAGAUGGGUGUUACCGCACCCAAUUCGGCUCAAGGUUUUGCCUAUAGAGGACAAGGGUUAGCAGGUCCUGGUGCAAACCCUCAAUAUUAUCCUUUGCAGCAGAGUCCUGCCAUGAGACCUCCUCAAGCCAUGCCUUUUACUGGUGCUCCGCGUCCACAACAGGGUGUUGCUAGUGCAGAUAUUCCUAGAGGAGUUAACAUGGGUGGUCACAAUUUCUCAAAUCCUGGCAUAUCGAAUGAUUGGAAUAAUGCUAAGAUUGGUAUGGUGGCUAAUAGACCUGCAGGAAUGAACCCGUCAGCGGUCUUACCAACGUCGCAAUCUCCAGUUUCACCAAUUCCCCAGUCAUCUCCAGUCUCAUUAAUGCCCCAGUCAUCUCCAGUCUCACCAAUGCCCCAGUCAUCUCCAGUCUCACCAAUGCCCCAGUCAUCUCCAGUCUCACCAAUGCCCCAGUCAACAACUAUUAACACUAAAGCCUUAGGUGUUUCUGGAAAUGGAUUCUCUUCCAAUUCUGUUUUGGGCAAUGAUUUUUUCUCUGCUGCCACACCGAAACAAGAACCUGCUGGACACAGUUAUUCUGUUACCAAUGUCUCGUCAGCCAUUGUUCCUGUUUCCACUGGUCCCCAACCUGCAAGUAAGCAAAAUUCACUUGAUUCAUUGCAGAGUGCAUUCUCAUCAGUGUUGCCUUCAAAUAGUCAAUUUCAGCGGCCACAGCCUCCAUCAAACACAAGCCAAAUAAUUUCACCACAAGCUUCUUCUUCUCCACAAACACCAUCUGGAAUGACAGUUGGGCUUGGAAAUGCAAAUUCUGACAACGUGCAGCUUUCUUGGCCAAAAAUGAAACCUACUGAUGUGCAGAAAUAUACAAAGGUAUUUUUGGAAGUUGACACUGACAGGGAUGGGAAGAUCACUGGGGAGCAGGCUCGCAGUCUUUUUUUAAGCUGGAGAUUACCAAUAGGUAAACCUGUUUCCUUCUAA